UCGAUGAAGUGAACGGAGUCUAAAAUAUUCAUGAAUUUCUAGUCACAUGUAGUGCACAUGAGGUGUUCUGUAAAAAGUGACGGAAUAUAAUGGAAAGAUCUUAAUUGUCAAAGAAUUUAAGGAUUAUUUUGUUAAAGUUAAAAAAAAAGGGGACUAAACUGUAAGUCAAGUACGAUUGAUGCCAAUUAGCCGAUGAAUAAAUAAAAAGCGCCAGACUGGUCGCCUUUUAUUUUAUUCAUUUAAAAUUUUCCCUACUGUCUGCUGGUUCUCACACUCUCUAUUAGGAAUGAGGAACUCCGACAAGGGUUUCUACGUAGUUGGCUUUUAUUUGUGUUCCUUUCUGGUACCGGACGUUUCAAAGUAUGUUACAGAUAUUCCAUGAUUGAAAUGAUUGGGUAUUGAUUGUAUCCCCUUAGUAUUAUGGCUACAAAAAGUAGGAAACGGGGCAAGGGAAUGAAGCAUGGUCCGGAACAUGAGUCUGUGUUUCAGGAUCGAAUAUCGGAGUUACCUGAUGGUAUCAUCCUUCACAUAUUAUCUUUGCUUCCCACGAUAGAUGCCGUACGGACGGGCCUCCUUUCCAAGCGAUGGAGACGCAUGUGGGCUUUAAUUCCUGUGUUAGACUUCUGUGAUUCAAGAGAUAUUGAUGAUUUCAGAAGGGAUGAUCAUGAUGAAACAAAUAUUGGGCAGAAGAAGUUCGAUAUGUUCGUCGAUGAGUGUUUCGCACACACUUAUGCAGGUGCUAGCAUUUCUAAAUUUAAGCUUGACGUUACAUACUAUGGAUGUAGAAGACGAUUAGAUGGUUGGUUGAGAUUUCCCAUGAAGAAGAAUGUUCAAGAGUUAGACCUCUCUGUUCAACCGGAAGGCAGGUCUGCACGUAUUUCUCUAUACUGCUUACCUAAUUUUAUACUUCAUUUAGGGGCAUUAACUCUUCUAAAGUUGAGUGGUGUAGUAUUGGAGGCCCCUGUUCCUUCGAGCCUUCCUUCUCUAAAAGAGUUAUAUCUUGUGUUCGUCCGAAUGACGGAUCAAGUUUUAAACAAUCUAGUGUUCGGCUGCCCCUCUCUUGAGAAGCUUCAUGUACAUUAUUGUGAUGGCUUGAGAAAUCCAAAAGUUUCGAGUUUGAGCAUGAAAUCUAUGGAAUUUAUUACUCGUGAGAUGCAUUAUCGUUGUGAGACAAUCAAAGUUGAAGCUAUUAAUCUUCAUUCGUUUGAACAUACAGGAUCAUUUUCCUGUAAGUUAUAUAUGAAUCUGGUUCACUGCAGGACAAUUAGAAAUCUCUCACUUAUGGGAGCUUCUAUAACUGACCAGUGGUUAGAAGAUUUGAUUCCUCAACUUCCCCUCCUUGAAAGUUUGAAAUUAACUAAUUGCUAUAGCUUGCAAAACUUAAAGAUCGGGAAUCAACAUCUAAAAGACUUUGCUUUGACUUGGCGCCAUCCUCAAUUGGGCUUGCUGGAUACCACGAUUGAUGCCCCAAAUUUAGUCUCCUUUAGCUACCAUGGAUUUUCGUUCUUCAAGAUUUCAGUUAAUGCGCCGAAUCUGUUGGAUGUCGCUAUCAGAGUCCCUGACCGCUUUCGGAAGACUUAUGAUGCUGAGUGGCACACUAGUCUUAUAAAAUUUCUUUCAGAAUUCAAUGGCUCCAAGAAUGUCAGUGUAGUUUGUUCCUAUGAACAGGCUCUCAUCAUUCCAGAUGAAGUGACAAAUAUGUAUAGUUCUCCGUUGCCCGAUCUCAAGUAUAUGAAGGUACGGAUAGAUGGUCAACUUUUCAGUAAGGCGAUGCUCAGAAAAUCUUUGCUCUGGAUUGCACCUUCUAAUUUGGAGACAUUGCCAAUAGGUUAACUGGUAUUGUGUUUUAGUUUAAUAGUUAUUUUGGUUCUGUAAAUGCAAGUUAAGCUUAGAUUAUGCCAACAAAAACUAGGACCUUUGUUAUGUCUUUGUGGGAGUUUACUUUAGUUUUAUGUUCUACUAAUG